CAACCCUUCACGACACAUCUCCUUCCCAACAACACCCGUCCAAAAUGAGCUCCUGUCAACAAGCCGGGAUGACCAAACUGGAAUCCGCCAUCGCCCUUCUCCUCGAGACCUUCAACAAGUACGCCAGUGCUGAAGGGGACAAGCGCACCCUGAACAAGGCUGAGGUCAAGACUCUGCUCAGUCAGGAGAUGCCCAAAUUAUUAACCAAGUGUGCAGAAGACCCAGGGAUGGUGGACAAGUUUCUGGAUAAGCACGGAGACGGGGAAGUAGACUUCGGCAAGUUCAUAAAGUUCGUGGCCGACCUUGCCUGUUUGUGCCACAGCCGCUGCCCCGGGAAGUGAGAGCGCCACCAUUGAACCUGCCGCACAAUUGCAAUGCCCUGUUGAGGCUUUGAAUAAAAACAACCUCCACAACUGAACA